CCUCUUUUUUUGGUUCCCCCCUUCCCCCACUCCCGCCGCCGCCCUCCUGCCAGCGGCCACCUGAGGCGGCCUCGUCGGACCCCCCCUCCCUCGCCCCGUGAGGAAGAGGAAGAAGAGGAAGACUCCUCGGAGAUAUCUUACUCCUUGGAUCCACCACCCCUGCCGAGGUGACGGAGAAGACGCGUCUUCAGAACCCAUGAACGUCUGGGACAGUGGUGAAACCAAGCGUUAAUUGUGCCCCCCACAAGAGCCUCCUUCCUUCCUCCUUGCCUGUUUUUCAAGCAGGAAGUGGUUCAGUCAAAAUGUAGUAGGCUUCUAUCACAGACACCCAUGUUGGAAAAGAUACAGCCUGAAUUAUACCAGAGCACCAUAAUGACGGAGGAAGCGUGCAGGACGCGAAGUCAGAAGCGGGCGCUCGAGCGGGAGGUGAUCCAGAACGACGUGGAUUGUAAAAAGAUGAAGAUGGAUAAAGGACUGCUGGGGGGCUCUGAGACCAACGCCGAGGGCGGAGGGGACCUUAAGAUAAAGACUGACUCAGGACCGGGGAGAGUCCCAGAAUUAUUAAAAAGCGGGGAGAUGAAAGCGACUAUCAAAGUGGAAGUGCAGACGGGAGACAAGCCGGUCGAUAUGAGCACCUCAAAAAGCGAUCCGAAGCGGGAGAGAAGAGUCCCCUCACCCGAUGUCAUUGUGCUCUCCGACAACGAGCCGUCGAGCCCGAGAAUGAACGGGUUGACCAAAAUAGCGUUAAAGGAGACCAGCGCGGAGGUGCUGAUGAAAAGCAGUCCGGAAGAGCGGGAGCGUCUGAUCAAACAGCUGAAGGAAGAACUACGGUUAGAGGAAGCAAAACUCGUGCUUCUGAAGAAGCUCCGGCAGAGUCAGAUCCAGAAGGAGACGACGGCUCAAAAGCCCAUCGGCUCUUCCGGAAACGCCGUGGCCACCCCUCCGCCCUUGGUGCGUGGGACGCAGAGCAUCUCUUCUAGCAAAUCGGUCCUCCUUCAGAAUUCCUCACGUAUUCCCGGCACCGUUAUUCCUCCCCCCUUGAUCCGUGGCGGGCAGCAAUCCUCUUCGAAGCUGGGCUCUCAGCAGAGCACGCAAAUCGUUAUGCCUCCCCUCGUCAGAGGAGCCCAGCCCCUUUCUGUGUCUCCCCAGCAAAUCCAUAACGUCCGCCAGCACUCCGGCUCGGGGCCCCCGCCGCUGCUCCUGGCCCCGCGGGCCUCGGUCCCCAGCGUCCAGAUCCAGGGUCAGAGGAUCAUCCAGCAGGGCCUGAUCCGUGUUGCCAACGUCCCCAACACAAGCCUGCUGGUGAACAUUCCCCAGGCCUCCCCGACUUCGCUCAAAGGCACAUCAGUGACGUCGGCCCAGGUGAACCCGGCCGCCACCAUGGCUUCGAGCGCGGCUUCCCUCGUCAACUCCAACGACUCCCCCGCCAGCCGGCAAGCGGCCGCCAAGCUGGCCCUGCGGAAGCAGUUGGAGAAGACGCUGCUGGAGAUCCCCCCGCCCAAGCCGCCGGCCCCCGAGAUGAACUUCCUGCCCAGUGCAGCAAAUAACGAGUUCAUCUACCUGGUGGGGUUGGAGGAGGUGGUGCAGAACUUGUUAGAAGCUCAAGGCAAAGUCUUGGCACCCCCCUCCUCGCAGGAGCCCUACACCUGCGUCCAGUGCAAGACGGACUUCACCUGUCGCUGGCGGGAGGAGAAAAGCGGCUCCAUCAUGUGCGAGACCUGUAUGUGCUCCAACCAGAAGAAGGCCCUGAAGGCCGAGCACACCAGCCGCCUCAAGGCUGCCUUCGUCAAAGCCCUCCAGCAGGAGCAGGAGAUCGAACAGAGGAUAUUACAGCAGGCGGCCUCGCCGGUCCAGACCAAGCCGGAACCGAUGGCUGCUCAGCAGCACCACUCGCUCAAGCAGACUUCUAGCCCACUCUCCCGAAGCGCCGGCACCCCCCGCGGCGUCUUGCAUGCGUUUAGCCCGUCGCCCAAGCUGCAGAACGCCUCCGGCGUGGCCGUCCUUGGCGGCAGGCAAGGUAAGCGUGCUCAGAGACCCGUCGGCAAAGGAGGGGCGUCCGCUUGGAGGAAGACUCUCGUCAACGCAGGCGGCGCGCUGAACUUUGUGAACCCUAGCCUCGCCGUGCACAAGACGGCCUCUUCAGCCGUGGAUCGCCAGCGCGAGUACCUCCUGGAUAUGAUCCCUCCACGAUCGAUCCCUCAGUCUGCCACGUGGAAAUAAUGCAAGACCCAUCAUCCUCAGGCGGGCGUUGCUCCUCCCUUGGGAAAGGGGGACGGGCAUCCCAGUGCUCCGUGGCCCUUGAUUCUGCCAACCUUUUUUCCUCUCGCAACCCUCGGAGAGACUGCACCACACACCCCCGCGCGUGAGGGGCAGAAACUCUCUUCCCAAGCCUCGCGGGAUCGACCCACGAGAUAUUUCUAGGACGGCUAGCUUUCGCCCGAACCCGUUGAGAAGCCCGAAACGGCCUGAAACACUCGGAAGGACGGUGACGGACAUGAGGCUACCAGAACUCGUGCGACUGACUUUUUCCUCUCUCUUUUUUUGGUGGUCCCCCCCUUCCGAUGGUGAAGGCUAUCUCGAAGAAGAGAAACCUGAUCAUUUUAAUAUUAUUUCUUUUGCAUAUUUUUGUCUCUUUAGUUUUGCAGAGCGGGGGGGGGGCGUUAUGUUUUACAAUCGGCACUAGGACAGAACCGCACGGGUCUCGUGCGCUCAGAUAUUUUUUGAUUUGCUGCCCCCUCUUCCUGCCUUACGUAAAUUCCCCCCCACCGCCCUCCAGUUGUAGGUUAAUUAUGUUUUUUUUCUACCCCUCUUUUGGGUGAUUGUACAAUGGUCGUUAGCCAACCGGAACAAUGUAUCUUCAGCUCACCGAGAGCAGAAACCAAGUUCUGCAAGCAUCAAACGGAUACUCCCUCGCUUUUUCUCUCUCACUCUGUUGUCCUCUCUCGGCCCCCAGCCACCUCCCCUCCGUAUUUCCCAAAGAGGCACUCUUUUAAUGGGAUUUGAUGUUUUGGUUUCUGGGUCCCCCCCCUUUAUAUCCCAUAAUAACUUAUAUUAUGAACAGACAGACUCCAUCGCGGGAAGUGAGAGGGAGCUGCUGAACACUGGGCUUAGCUUUUUUUUUCCUUUUUAAAUAAACUGGAUUGUUAUUUCAAAAUGGAUAUUUCACCCUGGACACUCGUAGGCUCUAAAACCUGCAGAAAUGAUGGGACACUCGAUAUGAAAACCUCCUCAGCCGGAUUUCCUUAUCAUCGGGAUAAGCACGGACAAGCCUUUAAGGAUUUUUUUUCCUCCCCUUUCUAGGAGCCCAUAAAGAUGGUUUUG